AUGUCAUCAACCACAUCAGCAUCAUCAACAUACAUAGACGAAGAUACAACAUGGGACUCACUUAACUUGGACCCAAGAUUACUACAAGCAAUUGACAAAUUAGGUUUUGAAAAUCCAACAUUGAUUCAAAGUAGUGCUAUACCUUUAGCAUUGGAUGAGAAAAGAGAUAUAAUAGCGAAAGCAAGCACUGGGUCAGGAAAGACUGCUGCUUAUUCUAUACCGAUAAUACAGAAUUUAUUAACUGACAAUUCGGAAAAGGGGAUCAAGAGUUUGAUUUUAGUGCCUACUAGAGAAUUAUCUAAUCAAGUUUAUCAAUUUAUGGAAAAUUUGAUUAAGUAUAGUAACAAGCAAAUUGGGAUUUUGAAUUUAUCUUCUAGUUAUAGUGAUCAAGUCUUGCAGUCAUUGUUGAGUAAUAAACCAGAAAUUAUAAUAUCCACACCUAAUAAAUUGAUUCAGAUAUUGGAAAUGAAUGAUAAGAGCAAUAAAAUAGAUUUAAGUACAGUGAAGAAUUUAACAAUUGAUGAAGUUGAUUUAAUUUUAAAUUUUGGGUAUCUUGAAGAUUUAAAUAAAUUGGAAAAUUAUUUACCAGUAAAGAAAAAUUUGCAAACUUUUUUAAUGUCAGCUACAAUAAAUGAUGAUUUAAAUGAACUCAAAACUAAGUUCUGUACCAAACCAGCAAUUCUAAAAUUAGACGAUGAGACAAAUAAUAAUGAUAAAUUAGUUCAAUUUUAUGCUAAAACUACAGAGUUCGAUAAAUUUUUAUUAAGUUAUGUCAUUUUCAAAUUAAAUUUAAUCAAGGGGAAAACAAUAGUGUUUGUGAAUAAUAUAGAUAGAGGGUAUAGACUUAAGUUGUUUUUGGAACAAUUUGGUAUAAGGUGUUGUAUAUUAAAUUCAGAAUUACCUAUAAAUUCAAGAUUACAUAUUGUUCAAGAAUUUAAUAAGAAUGUUUAUAAUUUAUUAAUUGCAACUGAUGAAAAAUCAUUGGAGAAAGAACAAGAAGAAGAUGAAGAAGAAGAUUCAAAGAAAGAUACAUCAAAUAACAAGAAAGAUACCAAAAAAUCGAAAAAACCAAAAAAUGAUAAAGAAUUUGGAGUUUCAAGAGGUGUUGAUUUUAGAAACGUUGCAUGUGUUUUAAAUUUUGACUUACCAACCACAUCAAAAGCAUAUAUACAUAGAAUCGGAAGAACGGCGAGAGCUGGGAAAUCAGGUAUGGCAUUAUCAUUUGUUAUCCCCACAACAGAAGUAGGUAAACAUAAAAUAGCAUCAUUACCACUGGCUAAAAAAGAUGAAAAAAUUUUAGCUAAAAUAGUAAAACAACAAGAAAAAAAUGGGUUUGAAAUUAGACCAUAUCAAUUUGAUAUGAAACAAGUUGAAGGUUUCAGGUACAGAGCAGUUGAUGCAUUUAGAUCAGUUACUCAAACUGCUGUAAGAGAAGCAAGAGUUAAAGAAUUGAAAAAUGAAUUAAUCAACUCGGAUAAAUUAAAAAGAUACUUUCAAGAAAAUCCCCAGGAUUUAGCAAGUUUGAGACAUGAUAAAGAAUUACAUCCAACUAGAAUACAAGCUCAUCUUAAAAGAUUACCACAAUAUCUUUUACCUGAAAAUGCAAGAACUGACGUUAAGAAUCUUGGAUUUAUACCAUUUCAUAAUAAAAACAAGGUGAAUAAACAUAGAAAGAAGGGUAAAACAACAAAGAGAAAAAAUGAUCCUUUAAAAUCAUUCAAAAAAUAA